AUGGGUGACAGAGGAAGAGGUCGAAGUGGCUGGAGAGGCAGAGGUAGAGGAAGGUUCAGAGGAAGAUCUGGAAACAGAAAUGGUGGCAGAAAUAGUGAAUCAGUGGCCCAAGAAAAUUCUAGAAAUAAUGGGUCUGAAGGCAGAGGAGGAAAUCAGAACAGAGGUAGAGGAAGAAGUGAUAGGAGGCCAUAUGAUAAAAGAAAAUAUAAUGUUAUAACUAUAACAAAUAUGGGCAUUAUUCUUAUGAAAUGUUGGCAUGAGGAUACAUCAAAGAAUGGGCAGAAAGGAGAGGAAGCAAAUCUAGUGCCAAAGGAAGAAGAUGGGUCUGAUUCAACCAAGUUUUGCUUAUGGCAACAACAACCAGUAAAGAAGAGGAAAACAUGA